UUCAAGAAAUUUACAGUUGGUGCAAAAUAAAUUCAAGAGUGUCACCAGAGACUUGGACACGUUUCAAAACUAAUACUUUAAGAGAGUCCCAACUUAUCUGAGAAACAAAAGCAGAAGGGAAAACACAAUUAUCAAAGAUGGGGAGAGAACCUGGACCAUGUUGUGAAAGGUUCACUUCCAGCCUCUCAACUCGCUUGUCAAAUGCAUACUGAAUCCACUUAUUCAGAUACACCUGAAAAGAAUCAUCCAGAUCCAUAUAGAUUCUGAAUUUCUUCAACACCAAGGUCUGAUGGGACUGUAGCACCCUGCCACCCUGUUCACCCAGGUAAACCAACUUGUACCUUUCCCUUUCAAGGAAUGUCAGGUACUCAGACUCGGAUACGGCCUCAAAUCAAAUAAUGGAGUGAUUGCAUUAAAGUCAAGCUCAGUGACAUAUUUCCACACGUGCUCCCAUCUUUUUGACAGAACACUUGUUCUGCCAGCUUCUUUGAGCGUUAGAAAUGACAAGAUACAACAGAGAGUAUCAUUUGGAAGCUGAGUGAUCCAAUCUUCAGGCAUAUGCUGCUUCAUCUGCAAACGGUUCAAGUGUGUAAACAAAUAUUAAGUGAUUCGAAUAAUAACUUAACACAAAUAGAACAAGAGAUACGGGCAAUGAAGAAUCGUCAUAUCAACAAACACCUCUCGGGUGAACAACAAACCGCAAGUGAUCCAACAAAUUCAUUUACACAUUUUGAUUUUUCUUUUUCUCCAGUAAAGAGACAAACAACAAAAGAAUAGCACGUAAAAAAUAAUAAGGACAAAAGUUAAAUGGAAAAAUAUUUUAAGGACUAAAAACUUCAUGCACCUAAAAUAGAAAUAUCUUAGUUAAAAACUUCAUACCGUUAUGGCUUUGUAAAUCUAUUUCCACUCCCUUUUUUUCAUUUGGAUACCAUUAUCACUCUUUUUGAAAAAUUAACAUCCCAAUAUUAGUACUAUUUAUGAUCUAUUUACUAUUGUUUUUCUUUUUUUGUUGAUAAUUAGCUCUAGAAGGAAAAUAAAAAUAAAAAAAAAGAGAGAAAAUGAAAAAGAAAGACAGCUUCUUAAAGCCCAUCCAUUGAGACUCAGCAGGCUUAAAUUGCAAUCCUAAUUCGGGCCCUAAGUGGAUUGGAUCGGGACAAAAUGCUAGCGGGAAACCCACACCAUAUAUUCAAUUCAAAUCAAAUUAGAUUCCAAAUUUUCUUUGAUUUUUUUUUUCCCUUUUUGUUUUUCCUUCCUGAAUCGCCCUAUUCUUCUUCAAUUCGAGCUUGAGAAUUACAAUAAUGGCGAGCGACAACGUAGCGCCGGAAGAAGUAGUACGAAAUGGAGGAGAAGGAGGAGAAGUCGAAGACGACGAGCGGGACACGUGUCACAUCGUACUCCAGAGAUACUUUCUCCGGGAAUGGAAGAUCCUUAAAUCCCUUCUCGACGAUGUUAUUUCCGCUGGAGGUGUCGUCGAACUCUCUGCCGUCCACAAGAUCCGUUCAAUUAUGGACCGGUAUCAAGAACAAAGUCAACUGUUGGAGCCAUACCUUGAACAUAUUGUUCCUCCUUUGAUGUUCACUAUUCGCUCUAAAGCCAUUGAGCUCGGGGUGACUUCAGAUGAAAUUCUCCAAGUGAUCAAGCCUUUAUGCAUUGUCAUUUAUUCUGUUGUAACUGUGUGUGGCUACAAGGCCGUCAUCAAGUUUUUCCCACAUCAAGUUUCGGAUUUAGAACUUGCGGUUUCUCUCUUAGAGAAAUGCCACGACAAAGAUUCUGGGACAUCUCUAAGGGAAGAAAGUACUGGAGAAAUGGAAGCAAAAUGUGUGAUUUUACUGUGGCUUUCCAUUCUUGUGUUGAUUCCUUUUGAUUUAUCAUCUGUUGAUACUAGUAUGGCCGAUGUUAAUAAUCUGGACAAAGACAAGUUACCUCCCCUUGUGCAGAGGAUAUUAAGCUUCUCUACAGAUUACCUGUCAAGUUCAGGUCCUAUGCGUACUAUAGCUGGACUAUUGCUCUCAAGGCUUUUGACUCGCCCGGAUAUGUCGAAUGCCUUCUCCAGUUUUACUGAUUGGACCCAUGAAGUUUUAUCCUCCAAGUCAAAUGAUAUUGUUGAUCAUUUUCGAUUAUUGGGUGCAACAGAAUCAUUGGCUGCCAUUUUUAAGACUGGAAGCCCCAGAUUACUAGUUAAUGUGGUUCCCACAAUUUGGAAUGAUGCAUCAUCUUUGAUGAAAUCCAAUACUGCAACUCGUAGUCCCUUGCUUCGAAAAUAUUUGGCGAAACUGACACAACGGAUUGCGCUUACUUGCCUCCCUAGUCGUUCACCAUCAUGGCGCUAUGUGGGUAAAACAAGCACCCUUGGAGAGCAUAUCCCAUCAAAUUUCUCAAAAAUUGAUCAAGGGACUGAUGCUUCAAAGGUUUCUUUGAACCUUAAUCAAGAUGAGUACUGCCCUCAAGAGGAGGAUAUGGAUGUGCCUGAAAUUGUUGAAGAAAUCAUCGAAGUGCUGCUGUCAGGACUGAGAGAUACUGAUACUGUUGUCCGUUGGUCUGCUGCUAAAGGUAUCGGUCGUAUAACUUCGCGUUUGACUAGUACUCUAGCAGAUGAAGUCCUUGCUUCUGUGCUUGAGCUAUUUUCACCCAGUGAGGGGGAUGGCUCGUGGCAUGGUGGUUGCUUAUCUUUGGCUGAAUUGGCACGUAGAGGAUUGCUCUUACCUUUUAACUUUUCCAAAGUGGUUCCUGUUGUAGUGAAGGCUUUACAUUAUGAUGUUCGAAGAGGUCCGCACAGUGUUGGAUCCCAUGUACGAGAUGCUGCUGCAUAUGUUUGCUGGGCAUUUGGUCGUGCAUACUAUCACACGGAUAUGAGAAGUGUACUCGAACAGCUCGCUCCCCACCUUUUGACUGUUGCGUGCUAUGAUCGUGAGGUCAACUGUAGAAGAGCAGCGGCGGCAGCUUUUCAGGAGAAUGUUGGCAGACAAGGGAACUUUCCACUUGGGAUUGAUAUUGUGAAUACAGCAGAUUACUUUGCACUCUCUUCAAGAGUAAACUCCUAUCUUCAUGUUGCAGUCGGGAUUGCUAAAUUGGAUGAUAACUAUCUUUAUCCUUUUGCGGAUGAAUUGUUGCAUAGCAAGAUUAGUCAUUGGGAUAAAGGUUUGAGAGAGCUCGCCACCAAUGCUCUUUCUGCUCUUGUGAAGUUCAAUGCUGAAUAUUUUGCAGAUGUAGUUUUGGAGAAAUUGAUUCCUCUUACUCUGUCAACUGAUUUGUGUAUGCGUCACGGUGCAACACUAGCACUUGGGGAAGUUGUUUUGGCUUUGCAUGAGUUUGGCUAUCUUCUUCCAAUAGAUAAGCAGAAGCAAGUUUCUGGAAUAGUUCCUGCAAUUGAAAAAGCUAGACUUUAUCGUGGAAAAGGUGGAGAAAUUAUGCGAUCUGCUGUUUCACGGUUCAUUGAAUGCAUCUCCAUGGCACAUGUCAACGUGACGGAAAAAAUAAAGCGGAGUUUGCUUGAUACUCUUAAUGAGAAUCUAAAACAUCCUAAUUCUCAAAUACAGUGUGCUGCCGUUGAAGCUCUGAAGCACUUCAUUCAUGCUUACCUUGUGGGGUUGGGAAAUAAAAACAAUUCUGGUAUUCUGGCGAAGUACCUUGAACAAUUGAGCGAUGCUAAUGUUGCUUCAAGACGAGGGUCUGCCCUCGCGAUAGGCAUAUUACCAUUUGAGUUUCUAGCUAAUCAGUGGAAAGAUGUGCUGUUGAAGCUUUGCAGCUCUACUGAGAUUGAGAAUGAUCCUAAUGAUCGGGACGCUGAAUCACGUGUGAAUGCGGUGAAAGCGCUUGUUGCAGUUUGCCAUACUUUAACCGAGGCAAAUGAGCAUUCCGGUUCCUUUUCGGGCGAAGAUUCUGCUAUGCUUUUUGAAUUUUUAAAGAAUGAAGUUAUGCAGAGUCUGUUUAAAGCUCUGGAUGAUUAUUCCGUGGACAAACGAGGUGAUGUGGGCUCUUGGGUACGUGAGGCCGCCAUUGUCGGGCUUGAAAGUUGUACAUAUAUACUCUGUCGCAUUGGUCCCUUGGGCCUUCCUAGUCAAUCACAAUGCACCCCUGAAUCGCACAAGGAAGUUAAUAACACAGUUAACGAAGUGCAUCCAUAUUUUGAUGGAACUCUUGCUGUGACUUUAGUUGGCAGUCUUGUGAAACAAGCAACGGAGAAGAUGAAUAAGAUAAGAGAUUUAGCUGCUAAGGUUCUUCAGAGAAUUUUGUAUAACAACACAGUUUUUGUACCUUUCAUUGCUUUCAGAGAGAUACUGGAAGAGAUAAUUCCUCAAGGAGCAGAUGUAGAUUGGGGGGAACCGGCUUUCUCGUAUCCUCUGUUUGUUCAGUUGCUACAGCUUAGUUGCUAUAGCAAAUAUGUGAUGUCAGGGUUGGUCAUUUCUAUCGGUGGACUUCAAGAUUCUCUGAGGAAGGCUUCACUCAAUGCUUUGUUGGAUUAUCUUCAUGUAAAGGAAGCCAAAGACAGGGAGAUCAGCCUUUCUGAAGAUGUUCUUUGGAUCCUUGAGAAUUACAGAAGAUGUGACAGAGUAAUGAUACCAUCAUUAAAGACUGUUGAGAUCCUUUUCAGUAAAAAGAUAUUCCUGAACAUGGAGGCGCAGACUCCAAUCUUUUGUUCCAGGAUUCUGGAAUCCCUCAUUGUUGAGUUGAAAGGAUCAAAGGAUUUCUCUAAGUUGUACUCUGGGAUUGCAAUUCUUGGCUUUAUUGCUUCAAUUUUGGAUCCCGUUAACAAGCGAGCAUUUACUCAUCUUCUGACUUUCCUCACCCAUAGGUACCCCAAGGUAUGCAGCCAGAGAACUGGUCCACGUGUAUCUCUUACCAAUUGGGAUGUCUUUUCUAUUCGUAUUGAUGUUUCUGAAGAUUAAUGAGUUGUUCGGGUAACAUCUUUGUUUUAUCAUCCAUUGUCAUCACCUUACACUUGCAGAUCCGGAAGGCUACUGCUGAACAAGUGUAUCUUGUGCUUCUUGAAAAUGGAAGUUUGGUGGCAGAGCCGAAAUCGGACAAAGCACUUGAAAUAAUUGCAGAAACUUGUUGGGAAGGUGACUUAGAUGAAGCGAAAAGCAAGAAAUUAGAACUCUGUGAACUGGCUGGUGUUGACUUUAGUCAACUUCCCAAAGCAAGCAGUGAAACAAAGAAGAGCAGUAUACAGAGACCUGCAACAGUGGAUGAGAAUGCAUCAUACUCCUCAUUAGUUGAUUCAGCUGGGUUUUAGUACUUUCCAAUCGAAUGAAGGCUUAUAGACACCACUUUCUACUAUAAAGAACCUAGAACGACAGCAGCUUCGUCAACUUAGUCUGUGCACUAAUGAAGCACUUGCUUGUUCAAGUACCAUAUUGAAGAACCUGUACGUCCCUUUGUUGUAAGAAAAAGAUGAAAGGGGGGACUGAAUUGUUCAAUACAGGCAUUGAAAUUGGAGCUCGGCAGCGGCUCUCGGGUGUCAAUGCAAUGACUCAACAGCAGAUCCUUCGAGGAUGUAUUUUACAAUCUUUAUGAAGUUGGAUUGGAGCUAGUUGCUUCACGUCAGGGAGAUCCCAAUUUUUGCUGGAAGUCCUCCCCAUCCUGUAUCCUGGAACUAUGUUGUAUGUUCUACUGGUUUUAUAUCAAUUAAAAUGCACUUCAAGUGUGGUUGCACAGAUUCACUGUUGGUUCAUACUGAUCCUUGCUAUUUGUAUGAAGUUGUCUCUGCGUAUUUCUUUUUAUACCUGAGGCUUUGUUAGUUAGUGUUAGGGAACUACUAUUACUUGUAGCAUGAGGCCAAAAAGGCAAAAACAGAC